CCUCCCCGCACAGUUGCCCUCCCCGCACAGUUGCCCUCCCCGCUCAGUUGCCCUCCCCGCACAGUUGCCCUCCCUCUACAGUUGCCCUCCCCGUACAGUUGCCCUCCCCGUACAGUUGCCCUCCCCGCACAGUUGCCCCCCUCGCCAUGGCUCAGGCUCUGGAUGAGAUGGUGGAGGAGCUGACCUGCUCCAUCUGUCUGAGUCUCUUCUCCACCCCGGUCACCAUCCCCUGCGGUCACAAUUUCUGCUCCCAGUGCCUGGAGCUCUGCUGGAAGGAUUCUUCUUAUACUUGCCCCCAGUGCAGGUUCCCUUUCACCAGCAAGCCCGAGCUGAAGAAGAACACCCUGCUGAGUAACCUGGUGGGCAUGACCCAGGCCGCCCAGUUGGAAGUGGGCACCAUUGACCAGGGCCAGCCGGAGGUGAAAAGCGAUGAAGAGCCCGAGGAAGAGGAGGAAGAGGAGGAGAGGGUCCGGGAGGACACUGUGCUGUGUGACAGUUGUAUGAAAAACCCCGCUGCCAAGACCUGCCUCACCUGCAUGGCUUCCUUCUGCCAGGACCAUCUCCUGCCCCACCUGGAGAGCCCGGCCUUCAGUGACCACCAACUCAGCGAGCCCCUUGGGGACCUGCAGCAGAGGAAAUGCCCAGACCACAAUAAGCUCAUGGACCACUACUGCUGGGAACACGGCCGCUGCAUCUGCUGCUACUGUGCCCUAAACCACAAGAAGUGCCAGACCUACACCCUGGAGGAGGGCAAGAAGAAGAAGGAGCUUUUUUACACAGACCUGCUGAGAACUUUGAACCAGAAGAUGGAAAAAACCAACAACAUUGCCGAAGAUGUCAACUAUGAGCACCGCAAAGUAACGGAAAACGCCAAGAUGAAGAAGGAGUUGCUGGGCGCGGAGUUUGAGGAAAUCGAGGCCCUGGUGGAAGCGGAGCGGGCGAAGGCCAUGGCGAAGAUCGAGGAGGAGGAGAAGAAACUUCAAAGCAAGUUCGACUUCACCAAGAACGUCCUGAGCAAGAAGAAGAAGGAGUUCGAGUCGCUGAGCAGCAAAGUGGAAGCUCUGCUGCAGGAGCAAGACGACCUUCAGUUCCUGAAGAGGGCCACAAAACUCAAAGACACGCUUUCCAAGGACCCCUUCAAGCCGAAGAUCGCUUUCGAUGAGAAGCUUCUGCAACAAAUCUAUAACAACGCCAAAUCCCUCAAAAAGAUCGUCAAAUCCAAGAUCGCCAACCCAGAGGAACCUCCGGAACAGAGACCACCCAGGACGCCGGAGCCGGGGCCCAAGCCGGAGACAGAGGAGUCCAAUGAAUGGAAACCCUCCCCCCAGAAGUCUGAGGACGGCAAUGAGAAGCCGCACAAGAAGAAGGAGCCGCUGGAACAGAGACCGCCCAGGAUGCCGUCGCCGGGACUCUUACCGCAGCCAGGAUUCGGUAUUUUUAUGCACAACGCUUGUCCUUCUCCCCCACUCUUCGGAGCUCCUCCCCCGCACUUCGGAGCUCCUCCCCCGCACUUCGGAGCGCCUCACACGGCAGGGGACUUCCAUAAAUGGAGACCUCCUUUCACCCCAAAACCCUUCGAGGACACCAAAAAAAAGCUGCACAAGAAGAAUAAACCGCCGCCUGGAAAUGUCCCGCCGACUGCCGCGGGGGCCCACCCCCCUGAAGCCAAGCCCCGUAAAGGUCCGCGCCCCGCUGCUGCCGCUGCCGCUGCCCUGCCGGACUCCAGAGAACAGCUCCUGAAAUAUGCCGAGCACUUGUUUGUCGACGCUCGCACCGCGCACAAGAAGAUCACCUUGCAGGACAAUUUCACCAAGAUGGUGGUGAGCGACGUCCCCCUAAACUACCCGGAAGACCCCUCAAGGUUUGUCAGCUGCUCCCAGGUGCUGGGUCAACGUGGCUUCUCUAGCGGCAUUCACUACUGGGAGGUGGAGAAGGAGGUGGGGAACUUCAGCGGCUUCGGCGUGGCCUACCAGAGCAUCGCGCGCGUCGGAACGGAGAGCCGCCUCGGCCGGAACAAGGUGUCCUGGUGCAUCGAGUGGUGCAAUGGCACGCUACAGGCGUGGCACGACGACAAGCAGACCGACCUCACCGCCCCCAACACCAACAAAUACGGGGUGCUGCUGAACAUUGACGACGGCUACGUGGCCUUCUACUGUAUCGGCAAAAAAUUUAGCCAGAUUUACAAGUUUAAUGCCCGCUUUACCCACAUGGUCUUCCCCGCCUUCUGGAUGUUCUCCAGUAAAACCGUCCUGUCUCUGUGCCAGUCCUACCAGCUGUGAGCGGGGAGGGGGAGGAGCUUGUAAUCAUUGGCGGGGUGGUAAUAUUAUGGGAUAGUAAUCAUUGCAGGUGGAUAGUCAUGUGACCCGAUAGUUAGUCAUGUGACCCGAUAGUUAGUCAUGUGCUCCGGUUGUUGGUCAUGUGAUCCGAUUGUUAGUCAUGUGAUCCGAUUGUUAGUCAUGUGCUCCGGUUGUUAGUCAUGUGAUCCGAUUGUUAGUCACGUGACCUGGUUGUUGGUCAUGUGAUCCGAUUUGUUAGUCAUGUGACCCGAUAGUUAGUCAUGUGACCCGAUAGUUAGUCAUGUGCUCCGAUUGUUAGUCACGUGAUCCAAUUGUUAGUCAUGUGACCCGAUAGUUAGUCAUGUGCUCCGAUUGUUAGUCAUGUGAUCCGGUUGUUGGUCACGUGAUCCAAUUUUUAGUCAUGUGAUCCGAUUGUUGGUCACGUGAUCCGAUUGUUGGUCACGUGAUCCGAUUGUUGGUCACGUGAUCCGGUUGUUGGUCACGUGAUCCGGUUGUUGGUCACGUGAUCCGAUUGUUAGUCAUGUGAUCCGAUUGUUAGUCAUGUGAUCCGAUUUGUUAUCUCUUACCGGGGAUAAAGAAAUUCUAAAAUGAGGCAGAUUUCAUGUAAAGGAGGCCAAAGCCAUUGUUUUCUCGUUUUUGGUGAAAGUACGGGAGGGUUGAGACCUGUUAGGUUUUGUUUUUUCAUUCUCUAUCCUGUGAGAGAGAUUUCCAUCUACUUCCUGUCCCAGAUACCCAGCAGGAAGUAAGGGGAGGGCUAUUUGGUGUGAGAGGAUAUCCCCUCAUAGACAGUUGUCACAUUGGAGGAUCUUCCCUCUGUUCCUCUUCUGGUGACAACACAAAACCGUUGGAUUUCCCAUGACUUUCUGGGUUGGGACCCCAUUUGUUUUUUAUUCUCUGUCCUAGGAGUGAGAUUUUCAUCUACUUCCUGUCCCAGAUACCCAGCAGGAAGGAAGGUGAGGGCUAUUUGGUGUGAGAGGAUAUCCCCUCAUAGACAGUUGUCCCGUUGGAGGAUCUUCCCUCUGUUCCUCUUCUGGUGACAACACAAAACCGUUGGAUUUCCCAUGACUAUCUGGGUUAGGACCCCAUUUGUGUUUUAUUCUCUGUCCUAGGAGGGAGAUUUCCAUCUACUUCCUGUCCCAGAUACCCAGCAGGAAGGAAGGGGAGGGUUAUUUGGUGUGAGAGGAUAUCCCCUCAUAGACAGUUGUCACAUUGGAGGAUCUUCUCUCUGUUCCUCUUCUGGUGACAACACAAAACGGUGGGAUUUCCAUGACUUCCUGUCAAUGGCCAACCAGGACAGAUAGAGGAGGUGAAUCUCACAGGAGAGGGUGAAUCUCACACAGACGGCUAUAAAAACCUGACAGAGGACCAAACCCUCCCGUACUCCAUCCAAGGAAGGUCUUAUCUUUACAUACGCUGUAAUCUGCUUGCAUAUUUGUAUAGAUCAUUUUUGGGGGGUUUUGUUCUGUAGUUGGUGUCAUUCAUACAGGGGGCCCCUCAUGUCUGCACAUUGCGGUGCCUGAUAUGCAUGUUGGAUGUUUUAGGCGUGUUUUACAUGUGUUACCGCCAGUGAUCUCUAUAUAAUCAGCAUUUUUCGGGAAACCACAUCAAAGACACGGCAAGUUGACUUUUUUCUAACACACCUAAAAUGUGCAGAUAGAAGGGGCCUCCUACCCCCUGUAGAAGGGGCUGUGCGGUGUAUAGGGUGUAGUUGUAGAAUAUCAGUUGUGAUUAAUUAUCAUUAUACAUGGAAUGUCUGCAGACAUUCCCACAAUGCACUUCUCUGAUCUGGGGUUGGCUUUGAGUUCAGGAGAGAAUUCAGACAAGAAAAUGUUUGAUUACUGUGGAGUUUUCUAGAAUCUCCUCUGUACUGCAGUUCUCUGUCUCCUCUGUAUUGCAGUUCUCUAUCUCCUCUGUAUUGCAGUUCUCUAUCUCCUCUGUACUGCAGUUCUCCAUCUCCUCUGUACUGCAGUUCUCCAUCUCCUCUGUACUGCAGUUCUCUAUCUCCUCUGUACUGCA